UUCGAAAAAAAAGCGCGGAAAAAGGUUGGGGCGGGGGGCAUUGCGCGUUGUAAGUGAAAGAAAGAGACAAGGCAAAAGGCAAAUUAGCCCAACUUGGCCAUUUACCCUUAACGAAAGAAAGCUUAGCCAUUUAGGGUUCCGUUGAAAAGUGGCCCUCAAAAUGUAACCCAACGCCUUCCAAUUUCCAAUUUCCCACUGUUAUACAAGCAAGUGAAGUGGUGAGAUGUGAGUUCUGGGUUCUAUGGAACUAUGAUUUGUUAGAGAAUUGGGCAGAGAAAAUGGCAGCGGAGUUCAAUACUGGGUUUCGCCGAGAAGAAGCUUUGGGCUCUGCGUUCAAUCGCCACGCGAUAUCCAUUCAAUCGGAUGCAAUAAAUAGUUCGUCUGAGAUUAUUCCGAUGGGGAGUUACUUUGGGAUGAAUACUAGUAAUAGUACUGUCAUUUUGCCGGGACAUUCCAGCAUGUUUAACAGCAGUGCUCGCGGAAUUCUUCAUGUUCAAGCUGUCAAUUCUUCUUCUUCUUCUCUUUUUCUUGAUAUUGCUCCUGACCUCAAGCAUGAUACUGGCUUGGCUAUUGAGUGGUCUGUUGAUGAACAAUACAAAUUGGACGAAGGCCUUAGCAAAUUUACUGAUGAGCCAAAUAUUAUGAGAUACAUAAAGAUUGCAGCCAUGUUACCUGAUAAAACUGUUCGUGAUGUUGCAUUGAGGAGUAGGUGGAUGAUGGUAGGGUCUUUUCUCCGUGUAAUGAUGGCAGCCCUUGUUUUUGGUGCUAAAAAUGCUGCUGCUGCUGCUGCUGUUGUUGUUAGAAAGCGAAGGAAAGCAGAAGAACAUAAUUUGGGAGAGAAGUUCAAUAGUAGGAAGGAUAAGCUGGUGGAAUCAUCGCCAACAACGAAUAUACCUUCGGCUGUGCCACGGAGCAUGCCUGUGUGUCCUAUAAUGAUGCACUACCUAGACCAGGGUGAACCCUUGUCUUUUGAAGGAAUAAGUGGUACAUCUAGGCAUCUCUUGGAGCAAAAUGCUCAAGCUUUUAGAAAAAUCACGGCUAACCUUUCAAUGUUCAAUGUCAGUUCAUUCAAGUUACAGGAUAACAUUGACCUCUUUUGUCACACAAGGAACAAUAUUACUGCCAUCCUGAAUGACAUGAGAGAGAUGCCUGGCAUAAUGAGCCAGAUGCCCCCACUGCCUGUAUCUAUUAAUGAGGAUCUUGCAAAUAGUAUAUUACUAACUACAACUCAGUCAAUGAUGUUUGGCUCGCCUAGAGGGAUCCAAUUGAAGCAAGAACCAAGGUGCUGAUGGAGAAUUGUUUUUGGGUGGAUUAAAUUUAUCUGGUCCAAGUCCAUGUAAGUAGGGAAAUUUUACUACUGUAAAUGUUAAGCAGUUUGGUAGAAAGCAGUUCGACCGUUGGUGUACGCAUAUUCAUCACACUUACAGGUCCCAUAAUGAAAAUAUUUGUAAAGAUCCAUUUUUGAAACCAUAAAUGUUCACCUUGCUAGUUAUGGAACCCAAGCACCAGAUAAUAAGAAUGCCAUGCCAUGCUGAUUGCCCAUUGUUCCUGCGCUCUAUGGUAGGGAUAAUCUCUUCUAACCGGAUUACUGUUUUAUUUUUUAGACAAAUGGUGUUGAAGUUUCUUGUGUACAAAUUUGCCUUGGAGUGGAAUAUUUGGUGCUUGAUUUAAAA